GGAAGAGUAAAAGCACUGCAAGGGCGCUAUUAUUGCUGACGUGGCAAAAAGGAGAAGCACUGCAACGGCUCAAAUGAGGGAAAAAAUGCACACUUCACAAGGAGGGCAAACAGCACGUUUUAGUAACUUCACCACACAAAAGCCACGUGCUCAUCAAAGUGUGUUUAAUCUCCGAAUGCUCCACUCACCCUCCAAUUACAUUCGCAUUCCAACUCAUCCCUUUGCAUGACAUACAAAAUAUCACCACCUCACACUUGUAAGUCCGCCAAAUAAAACCGAUCAGGGCACAGGGGCAUUUCCGUAAAAUUAAUUCCAAGUUCAAAACGACCAAGCCAAUCCUGAUAGGUGUAUCCACGCAUGGAAGCCAACUCCACACGCGUUAUAAAGACAGGCUCUUUUUGAUGGGUAGGGUGACAGCCUAAAGAUUAUAGAGAGAGAGAGAGAGAGAGAGAGAGGGAGACCUCAACUGACUAGAGCUGAGAUGUCAACAAUACUCUUCCCUAUCUAUCCGAAAUGUGUUACCAUGCAUGGACCCACUACAUACGCAAAUCCCACAUGUCCCUUUCUCUAACCGUAUAUUCACCAAGUGUCACCGUCUCCUUCCUCCUUGCUUCAUGCUUGCCCUUCUCUUAUUGGCUCAAUCCCACCCCAAAAACUCUCUUCUCAACAAAUCCUCCCCUUCUAAACGCACACUCUUACCCAUCCUUUCGAGUUUCACCUCUCCUCCUUUCACCUACCAAUUGCACAAUCCCUUUCGCCAUUUUCUCUUCUGCUAGACCUGCUUCUUCAUCUUUAAGCACUUGUUCAAUCCAUUCACCAUGAUCAAGACCCUGAGUCCUUACUCUACUGCUAAGACAGCUGAGAUUAUGUCUAGGUACAGGCCCAUAGCACCAAAGCCAGAGGUUCCUGCCAAAUCCUUGGGUGACAGACCAUCAAUGUCUCAGAAGAUCAGACAAUCUCCUUACCUGAGAAAUCUCUGGCCUCAAUUGCAAGCCAAGCCUACUAGAACCAGAAAGAGAGGCAGAGCUGCCAUGUCUCCUCCCACCAUCAAAAGGCCGAGAACCCAUUUUCUUGGCCUUUCCUCUCCUAGUCAUUUACUAUCCCCUGCCAGACAUCUCUCCUUGCAAGGUUUUGCUCAUGGUAUUCCCCAGCUUCCUGUUCCCAACCUCGCUGGCGUUAAUAGCAGCUUGGAAAAUCCAGUCACAACUGCUUCAGAUUUGGUGACGCUUCCUCUUCUUCCAUAUCAGUCAUCCGUUCCUGUUGAUGGUAACAAACCAACAGCACUUGAAAUAAGUUGCAUAGAACCACGUAGAGAGGUCAUAGAUUUGAACACUCUGGCUGAAAUCCCGGAAGAGAAGGAUCUUUUGCGGCAACUACAGGAACCUCUCACCCACAAUGUUAUAACACCUCAGCCAGUUCGAGCAGUUGGCUCAAGUAUAAGCGUUGGCUGCGUCAGUGAAGACUUAGGCUCAACUCCACCAGUGCAGCUUCCAAAGAAGCCAGAGGAGGUUGAGGAAGAAGUCGAGUCUGAGGCCUUGCCAGCCGUGAUAUCUGAUUCCAACUACAAAGUGAGGCUGGCAAAUUCUGCCUAUAAAGAAAUGGUGGGACAACCAGAGUGCCCGUGGCUUGAUUCGAUGUUGAUGGGUGAUGGCAGUUUUGGAAGUAGCUCAUGCAAAAGGAUAUGCGGAGAGGUGAUACUUCAUCUUGCUGAUUCAAAGAUACCAGCUUCAUCAAAUGGGUUUUCAUGCUGGGUGAGAAUAGAAUGGGGACAUGAGGGGAAGAAGAGAGCAAUCAAUGCUUUCUGUGAUGUGAUCAGACUGUCCUGCGAGUCCAAGGAUUACCUCUUCACUUGGAGGUUCCACACCCAUGACAGGGAGGGUUCUCAGUCCGGCACCACUGCUUGAAUACUUAAUUGUAUAAGCAGUUCAUUAGAAAACAUAUCUUAUCUACCAGGUAUACACAAGAACACAUCAAGUAUAUGUACAGUUUUUGUUAGCUUUUCAGUAAAGUCAAAAAAUGUUUAGAAGA